CGGCGGAGCCAAGAGGCCCAGAAAGCAGCGCUUGCUGUCCUGACUUGUCCGAACUUGCCCGGCUGCCUCUUGCCUCUCCGGCGGGGCGGCAAAGAACCUCGUUGCCUGAAAGAAGUGGAUUUCAUCAGCUGUCCAACGCUUUUGGGAAACAGGUCGAAGCUCCCGAAGAACCAUGCCCCCAAAGCGCAAGGCCCCUGCCCAAAGCCAGGCAGCAGUUAAGGGCAAGAAGAUUAAACAGGAACCAGAGGUAACCCCUGAACCAGAGGAAGACAAUUUCCGCUCCACCGUGGCAGCACUGAAGGCAGCUCCAAAGGAGAAGCUCAAGGCCAAAAUCGAUUCUGCCUGUCAGCUGAGCAAUACCGACGGUGCCAAGAUUCAUGAAGACUACGACUGCAUGCUGAACCAAACCAACAUUGGCAACAACAACAACAAGUUUUACAUCAUCCAACUCAUAGAUUAUAAUGGGAACUUCAGCUGCUGGAACCGCUGGGGCCGUGUGGGGGAAGUAGGACAGUCAAAACUCAGCAGCUUUCCGUCCGUGGAAGCUGCCAAGAAAGAUUUUGAGAAGAAAUUUCGGGAUAAAACGAAGAACAGCUGGUCUGACCGGGAGAACUUCGUAGCUCAUGAUGGCAAGUACACCCUGAUCGAGGUGCAGCAUGGGGAUGAAGAGGAGCAAGAGGUGACAGUGAAGGUGGACGCUGUAGAUGGAGCGAAGCUGUUGAAGCAAAAGAUACGGUCCUGCACCUUGGACAAGCCUACCCAGGAGCUGGUCUCACUCAUCUUCAGCAACGACAUGUUUAAGGAAGCCAUGCAGACCAUGAAUAUAGAUGUGAAGAAGAUGCCUCUGGGGAAGCUGAGCAAGCAGCAGAUUGCCAAAGGCUUUGAAGCUCUGGAGGCCAUCGAGGCAGCCCUGCAGAAGCAGCCUCUUGACCAGAAGCAGCUGCAGGAUCUUUCCUCUCGCUUUUACACCAUCAUCCCCCACAACUUUGGUCGUUCUCGGCCUCCGCCCAUUGACACGCAGGAAGUGGUCCAGGCUAAGAAAGACAUGCUGCUGGUCCUGGCAGAUAUUGAACUGGCCCAGAGUUUACAGGCCCAGAAGAAGAAGGAAGAGGAAGAGGAGGAAGAAAUGAAGGUGGAAGACGUUCCACAUCCAUUGGACAAGGACUAUGGGCUCUUGAAGUGUGAGCUCACCCUGGUGGACCCUUCAGCAGAAGACUAUAAGUUGAUUGUAACCUAUGUGGAGAAAACAGGUUGCAGUUACCGAAAGCUUCAAGUCCUGAAUGUCUGGAAGGUGAACAGGGAGGGUGAGGGUAGUCGUUUCCAUGUUCACAACCACUUGGAGAACAGGCGCCUGCUGUGGCACGGCACCAACGUGGCUGUCAUUGCUGCCAUCCUGAAGAGCGGCCUGCGCAUCAUGCCACACUCCGGCGGCCGUGUGGGCAAGGGCCUCUACUUUGCUUCUGAGAAUAGUAAAUCAGCAGGAUACGUGGGCACCACCUCCAAGCGGGUGGGCAUCAUGUUCCUGAACGAGGUGGCCCUGGGCAAAGAGCAUCGCAUCAUCCAAGAUGCCCCUUCGCUAUGCAAGCCCCCAGAUGGUUUUGAUAGUGUCAUAGCCUGUGGCAGGACUGAGCCCAACCCUGCGAAUGAUAAAAAGCUAAUGCUGGAUGGGAAAACAGUGCUGGUAUCCCAAGGAAAGCCUGUUCCCAUGACGAAGUACCAGAAUUCCAACUUCACCCAGAGCGAGUACCUGAUCUACCAGGAGAGCCAAUGCCGCAUUCGCUACCUGAUCCAGCUGCACUUCUGAGGCACGUCGCUCUCCCGCUGGGCCCCGCCUAUUCACUGCAGAGGGCCUGGUCUUUCCUCCAUGGAUUGGCCAUGUGUCAGGGCCUUGGCGUAGUCGGCUGUGUUCCCCAGCCCUCUGUGGAUGGCUCGCUCAGGGAUUCUAGGAACCCAACUUGCCUGCGAAGAGAGAAAUAUCAACCCAGCUUGCUCUGAGCACCCUGCUGGGCUCCCUAAGGCAAACUAAAGCUGCUUUAUGACAUCCGGCAUGGCAAAGAUGAUGUAGUGGCCCAAGUGAUACUCCAAAGAAAACAUUGACUGGGGCACACUGCUUUCAGAUGCACUUUGGACCCCUGUAAACUGUAAAUAAAAGGAUGUGUAUUAAGUCCA